ACCUGAAAGAACUGCAGCUGCUCGAGACGUAGAAAUCCUAGAAACACCAUCCUCAACAACCGUUAUUCCGUUGUAUCACAGCAUUUUUGAAUACUAUUGUACCUACUAAAGUCUCGCCUCACACCUUUGUUUCUGGAAGCGCAUUUGGUCAUUGUGGCCUCUUAGUGCCUCUAACACCUUGGCUAUUAUAAAGUCCGUUCAUCCUAAGAUGAGCGACCGUAGGACAUCGUUUAUGUUGGACUCCUCUACGGAGCUGGCGUCAGAAACCUCGCCAUCCAUACUUCCAACGGCGGAAGGGCCUGCAUCUUGGACGACAUCGCAGGGUGAUGACAUAGAGGGCGGACUAGAAGGCAUGGAAGAUGAAGGUGACAUGCAGGAUUCUGAUGACCUAGACACGACUGAUAACUUUGACCAAGAAUUGGACGAGAGCCGUGAUCAUGACCAAGAAGAAGAAGAUGACUUAGAAACGAAGAUGGAUGAAUUAUACCAUCAGCUACAAGUGGAGACAAAGGCUAAGGAAUCGGCUGAAAGUUUGUUAGAGGUGUAUCGUAGCAACGGUGUAGGCAGCCAAGGGAAUAACAAAUUAAGGAAUCAGGUCGAGCAAGAGUUGCAGGCAACGAUGGCGAGGAUAGCAGAAAUCAACUUACAAUUGGACUACUAUAAACAGAGAGCAUUUGACCCCCCGUCAUUUGGUUAUCUUCCAGAUCAAGACUUGAAGGACUCGCAAACUACUAUUCCUGUAGUAACGGGGAGAAGCCAUUCAAACUCUUUUUCGACCAGUGACUAUGCUGAUAAUGAAGAUGAUCGACAAAGCAUACACUCCGCUGUAUCAGACAUUGUGGGCUCGCUUCGAAGUCUUCUGGAUUCACCAUCCAUUCGGCUUGAGCAGCUCUCAAAUUUAGCCAACAUAUUGAAGCAGAACCAACAGGUUCAUCCAGGAUACCCAAUACAGGAACUAGUAUCGUGUCUUCGAUUUUGUUUAGCGAGCACUGUCAGAGAAAUACGUAUGAAUGCAUACAGAUGCCUUCGACUUCUUUCAGGAUCAGAGCCACUCGGGCAGGUUUUAACGACUCAAAAAUUGGAUAUUUUCAUCAUCAGGUCACUCAUGGCAGACCAUCGUGUCGAGUCGGAGAGAAUAGAGGCACUCAAGCUCGUAAGGUGCUUUGUGACGACCAAGGAAGGCAUGCAGCACCUAUCGGAUGGUAUUGUGAGGGCAGUCAUUGCUAUAGCGGAGCAGAGUGAUGAGAAGCUAAGGAACGCUUGUCUGGAAACCCUUGGUGAAAUGGUUAUGUCUGAUCCAAAACCUGUCGCGCGCUGUGGAGGCUUCAGGCCUAUCCUGGUCGCGUUAUCAGAAAAUCUCCAGGAUUUGUCCGAUGGUUUGCUCAAAGUAUUUUUGUAUAUGUUGGAGAGUCCUGACACUCGAAUUUAUCUGCGACAGGGUCUUGAUUCAGAAAUGGUGAUGUCGGUUUUCACUGACAUAUAUUCUCAAGGACCGUCUUAUAUGGAGCGUGUGAAAGCCUCGGGGCGUAUUGUCACGUCGAUGAUUAGGUCUUGGGCUGGGUUAUUUGAUCUUUGUGCAAACGAUAAGCGUGCGAUCCGAUCAUUGGUUCAGUCUAUUAAGCUUCCAAUACAGGAAAACAGAAAAGUGCUAUUGAAUAUGUUUUACGAGAUAUUCCGCAUACGAAUUCCAAUUUGGCUCAAGGAGUUUUUAGAUGGGAAGCAUGUUAAACCUACACAAGAUGAUCUUGAUAGCUACUGGGAGUCGAACCUGCAGCCUCUUGGGCUCGUAGAUCAUCAUCAAAGUAUUGUGCUUACAGUCUUCAUUGACGCAGGAUUGAUUGAGAUGUUGACCGCUCUCAUUGUAGAGAAUAGUGGGAAUAUCAAGUGUGAAGAUUUGGAGGCUAAAAAAAUAUUAAGGAAAGCUGCUCUGCUGAUACCUGAGCUUAUGCAGCUCGCAUACAAGAUCCUGCCACCUGAUAAGAGUAUCCACAUCCAGACGUUGCCUUCGUUAUUUCAAGUCGCGACAAACUUUGAUGACCCUGUUCUUCGCCAUAUCGCAGCCAGUGCUUUCCGGUUCAUUGAUGCUCUCAGCCGGACGUCGAGAGGUAUCGCUGCGGAGAAAAUGGAUGAUGGCCGCGGGCGAAAGAAUAUAGACAGAAUCAAGCUAAGAAUAGGAUAUCAAUUAGAUGACGCUAAUUUCCGAUCGAUGCUGAAUGAGACGCAGGUGUUGGCCACGAAGGAUGCUUCUAAAUGGCAGUUGGAUUUGAUAUUGGAGGUUAUUCAGGGUCCCAUGCUUAAUCCUCGACGAUUAGAUGAGGCGACGCGUAACACAAAGUUCAUAAAGCGUUUGCUUGCUUUCUAUAGACCCCUAGACCAUACCAACCAGAGUCAGCCUGAUUUUGAGGAUCUUCAAAAAUACACCAAAAUAGGAUGCGCGCUUUUCGAGACACUUGCAAACAGUACCGAGGGAGCAAAAUACCUUGCUCAAAACAAAAUAUUGAGACUGAUCGCGGAUGGACUUGCUCAACUGGAUCCGAUGCAAGGCCAUCCAGGAUCAGAGGACAUAUUUUCAAGAGAAAAAAUGGAAACAACAAUAUCGUCAGGGUACUUUGAAAUGCUAGGCACUCUCUGUAAAUCCCGUAGUGGAUCAUGGCUACUGGAAAAAUUUAAAAUAUUCAAUCUUUACUAUCGAUUGAGCGAACUAAGGAGCCGCGAUGAUAUAGUUAAGCGAAUUAUCACAUCAAUGGAUUAUAGCAUGGAUGGGCAUCCGCGCGUGAUUUUAUCGAAAAUUAUGACCUCAGGGUACAAGCAUAUCCGGUUAUAUGCAACCCAGCAUCUUGGGACGGUGAUUAAAAAUGACAAGAAUGAGUUCACUGACUGGGGAAUCCGGCUAUUGUGUACACAGCUCUGCGACCCUUCUUUAGAAGUAUGUUAUAUGGCAGUAAAAGUGUUGGACGAAGCCUGUGCUCAACGGAAAAACCUGGAUCUUCUCAUUCGACUUCGACCAAACCUUGACCAUCUGGGUGAGGCCGGUAACCCUUUAUUGCUAAGGUUCCUAUCCACAUCCAAAGGAUUUCGUUACUUGAAUGAUAUGUCAUAUAUCGAGGGACAAAUGGACGACUGGUUUAUGUUUGCAAACAGGCAGUAUAUGAUCCAAACUGAGGUCAAACUUGCUAGAGCGAUGGAGAUUCAGCGGUUUAAUCCCUUUUCUGAAGAUGGUCGAUUUGAAAAUGAAGCCGAACUUCAAAUUACUCACGCUAAACAGGUUAUUACGCCGCAUUUCUAUGGCGAGUUGACAAGAACUGACGAAGGAUGCGAGCUAUUGAGGAAGCGAGGUCACUUUGCUGUCUACGCUCGCUUUAUCCGAGAGCACUGUGCUGAGUUUAAAGACUCAACCAUCAUCAGCGAACUCAAGUCGAUUCUUUGGGCUGUGGGUAACAUUGGAUCAACAACCAGGGGCCUGCCUUUUUUAGAAGAAGAAGAUCUAAUCAAGUACAUUGUUGGAAUGGCAGAGCGUUCCAAAGUAUUAUCUUUGAAGGGGACAUGUUUCUAUGUAUUAGGUCUGAUGUGCAAAACAACACAGGGUAUUGAAAUCCUUGAAGAUUACGGCUGGCAAGGCAUUAUGCAUCGUGAUCGAAUGCCACGAGGUUUGUGCUUGCCCAAGGAUUUGGAUCGAUUUCUGGAGGUUCCUCGCUGGGAUCAUUACCGGGAAGUUGUUCCCAAAGUUUUGAUACCUCUGGCCAUUGAAGGGGAUGUUGUGGAGAAGGAAAUUUUGCGAUGUACUGGUGAACUUGGGAACGAUAUUCUUACAGGUGGUGCCUCUAAGAAACUGGCCAAAAUUAAGACUGAGCACCCAACGUAUUUCGGGAGCCUUCCUUUGUACAUGGCAGUAAUUGAAUUACUUGGCCAUUAUCAUUUCAGGCUUCCUGUCCGUCGAUUUAUUCUUGGUCUGUUUGAUAUGAAGUUCGAAGGCUCCAUGUGGGAACGACUGGAUAGUCUAGGGUCAGCGCCAACUACAGGAAAAGUAAUAAUGCCGAAAAUGGCCUCGUCGUGGACAGAGACGAUGGCGAUACCCAGAGAUUCCCUGGAUGUUGUUGGGCGCUCAAGCUUUGAUGGCGCUACGGGAACAACUGGAGCUAAUGGCACCAUUCCACGACCCCGAAUUGCCUCUGAUGCUCUGCAAGAACCACACCGCCCUUCGUCGGCGUACCCAUUGGCAGCUACAGAAGAAGCGACAAUGGAUAUUCGCCCGAAUGAUGAACUUCCGGCAGUAGAUACACAAAUAGCUUCGACUCGCCACCUCAAUAGAAAUGGCAACGAUCUUGGAGUUAUGGAUGCAAUCUCACUUUCACAGCCUCCAAUUCCCCCUCCUCGGCCACCGCCUAAUGCAUACGAGAUUCUUUAUACCAACAAGCCGUACCAUAGAAGCUUUGCGAGGGAAGCGGGCUUGGCUCCACUUCCGCCACGCGUGAAAAUCCAAUUAGAUGAACCAGUGAUGGAUGAAGAUUUGAUGCCGAUGGAAGCCUGGCCAUAGAGCGUUCUACAUAAUGAACUCCCAAAAAAAAUAGAUAACUUUUUUUUUACCCAAGUCAUGAGAUAAAAAAAGUGAAAUAG